ACCAGGGUGUGGAUGCAGCUAGAAGUGAAGGUUGGAAAGAGAACCCUGGACUGGAGCAGAAUCCGUGCCUGGCAGGAAGGGGCUGGAAAGAGUUCAGGGCAGCCCCACCCUUGGCAGCCACACCUCCUUGAGACAGAGCAACAGGAGUGGGUAUUUUGUGCACAGGAAGGCAUGGGCCUGCCAGGGCCCGGGGCUGUGGGGGAUCUCUACUGGCUUCUCAUGGGCACCACAUCUCAGGUGACAAGGCAGCUGCAUAAGGUGGCCCUGAGGUUGGAUCUUGAGCCAUCUGGGUUGAAGCUCCCGGGUAAGACCUCGGAACCUGUAGCAUCAGCCAGGGCCACACAUCCCACCCACAGCUCCAGCCCUGGGAGGAUGAGGAUGUCACCUGUGCCCUUGGAUGGAGGGACCAUGAGGAGGACCUGGGGGUCCUGCCUGCUGCUGCUCGCCAUUCUGGUGGCCCUGGUGGAUAGUACACCCCCAGACCAGAAUACGGUCAAGGUGUUGAAGGAAUUAAAGAACAUCAGCGCCUCAGAUGGCAACGUGAAGCAGUGCCUGUGGUUUGCCAUGCGAGAGUACAACAAAGAGAGCGAGGACAAGUACAUCUUCCGGGUGGUCAAGGUGGUGCGGGUGCAGCUGCAGGUGACGGAUCUUCUGGAAUACUUUAUUGAUGCUGAAAUUGCCCGCACCAAUUGCAGAAAGCUUCCCAACAGUGAUGAAAACUGCGUCGUUAAGGAAACCUCCAAACUGGAAAAGAGGCAAAUGUGCAACUUUUUGGUGGGCACGCUCCCCUGGAAGGGCAAGUUCAUCAUGAUGAAGCAGCGGUGUGUGGAGGCCUAGGGGCUCUGGAGCCCCUGCCACGGUCCCCUCCUCUGUGAAAAGAGCAGCAGCUGUGACCUGUUACC